AUGAUGUUAGCCUUCUGCGACUCGGCGACUGCCAACCUAAAUGUCACUGGAAGCAUCACAGUGAUGAAUCCUUACGGCCAUUUCCCUGCUCGGUUGUAUGGCUUGCUCCCCUUCACCAAGUUCCUUUCGGUUUUGAGUUUUGGCCUGCUGCUGUUUUGGUGCUUGCGAUGCAUUACUUUAAAAAAGCAAGUGAUGAACGUUCACAAAAUGAUCCUCGUCGUGUUAGGAUCGUUCUUCAUCGACGAAAUUCUGCGACUUCUCAACAUCACGUACUACAAUAACUAUGGCAGCUAUUCUACCACCAUCGCGUUCACCAGCGUUCUCUUUAGCGUCAUCACGCGGACCGUCGCUCGCUGUUUGACCAUGAUGGUCGUUAUGGGACUGGGCGUUACGUGCUCUUCUCUUGGUAAUAUGGGUUGGAAGAUCGCUAUUGCUGCUAUUGGGUACUUUGUGUUCUCCCUGUGGGACUCGCUUUCCUCCAUUUUCUCUACGUCCAGCUCGCAGAGCUCUCUCUAUUUGAUUCCUUCCGCGUUGAUCGACUCGUUCAUCUACUUUUCGAUUUUGCAGUCCUUGAUGAAAACGAUCGAGGACUUGAAAGAAAAGAAGCAGACAUCCAAGCUGGAGAUCUUCUUGAAGCUUCGCAACAUGAUUGUUAUCAUGGUGGUCUUCUCUGCUAUUUACAACGGUCUCUUCUCCUAUCUCAUCGCCAAGAAAGCGCUGGAUUCCUUCUGGAAGUAUCAGUGGUUCUUCAAUGAUGGAAUCUGGUCCGUUUUCUACUUCUUCAUUCUGUCCGCCAUUGUGUAUCUGUGGACACCGAACGAGCGCUCGGUUGCUUAUGCCCAUCACGUGCAGGUAGCUACGGAGGAGCAGGCUGGAGGUGAUUCGGUGUCGUUACAAGAUGGAGAGCUACAGCCCAGAGACAUGCUGGAUCAAGUGGAAGUGAAGACGGUUGAUGGAGAUUCGAAUAGCUUAAAGCCUAUGAAUAUGUAA